ACGAAAUGGCGGCACUUCCAUUACUCUUUUUAUUGUACCAGGGACUCGGACUUAUCAAGGUUUCAUCAGCAGGAACUCAAGCUGUAAGUCAAGAAUGUCAGAGGUUACCCUGUGGAGGUGACAAUGCAGUAGCAAAAGUGAUACAAUGUCCAAAAUAUCACGAGAUACAGAUACUACGAGUAAAGAAUAUAGCUGAACGAACGUGCGAUGGUAUCAAGAUAUGUGAAACACAAAUCCGUUACCCACAUAACAUUAAAAGAAAAUGCAAUAAUCGAAACAGAUGUCUAUUCGCGUCUUUGACAUUAGAGAAUGAAGGUGAAAGGUGCAAAACAUUUGAUGAAGAUGGGCGGAUCAUUUGGCAUAAAACAACAACCCAGGAGGUCUGCUACAACUGUCAUCCUUUGCCAACAACGACCCCAGGUUUCAUUUCACCAACUAAGGUGGACAACCAGUACUUAAAUGAUGAUGACUGUUCUUAUGGUGAUUUCUUGUUGGUACGACACAAUGACCACACGAACGAUAGGGACAUA